AUGGAUAGACUAAUUAAAGUAAAUGAUAAAGUGAUAAUUGACUUAAAUAAUUAUCAUGAUAAAAUAGACGAAACAGAAGAUUUAAACAUUUUUGAAACGAUUAAUGAAAAUGGUGUAUCGAAUAAUUUCAAUGACAAGAUUUCUCAAAAAAUAGAAAUAAAAAGAUAUGUAGAUAUUUUUGUUAAUUUAUUAAAAGAUAAAAAUAUAAAGUAUAAUAAUCCUAUGAACUUAAAUAAUAAUGUUGAAAUCAUUAAAAUUUUCCAAGCUAUUAAUAACUUUUAUAUAAAGAAUGAAGAAUUUCAUUCAUUACGAUUGAUGAUGUUAAUAUUUUUAAAGAAUCAUAUCUCUCAAUAUGUAAAUACAUACUUAAGUAACAUUAUAAAAAAUUAUGAAAAAAAUAAAUAUAAAAAAGAAACAAGCGAUUUUAAUAAUUUAAUAUAUAGUAAAAAAGAUGAAGACAUAAAUGAUUAUAUGUGGAAUAACAAUGAAGAGGUAGAAAUGAAUAACUUGGAAAGUAAGCAAAAUGAAUUUCUAUUUAUUACAUUUUUAAGUAAAAAUAUUAUAGAAGACUCCAUGUUAUUAGAAAACUUAAAUAAUAAUUCAAACAAUAUUAAAGAAGAAGAAUGGGCAUAUAUAAAAGAAAAAAUUUUAAAAUUAAUUAAAAAUUCUUGUAUAAUAAAUGAUAAGAAAAUUAAUAAUUCAGUUGAUUUCAUUGACUUAAUUAAUAAGAAUAUGUAUAAAAAUUUUAAAAAAUAUAAUAGCAUAAUUGAAAUGAGGAAAUUCAAUAUAUGUUUAUUUUUUAUUGAUAUUUUUUUUAACGUUUUUCUGAUUGAUUAUCCUUGUAAAUGGAGUAAUUUAAUGGAAAAUAUAUUAGAUACAUUUAAUUUUAUUUCUAUAUUUAAAAAUAAUGAUUUCAAAAAUGUAAUAAAUACUGACUACUACUCAACUAUGAAUUAUAUUAUGUAUUUAAUUCAGUAUAAUGAUUCAUUAAAUUUUCCAAAAGAAUUGAGAGAUAAUGAACUUAAAGAUAAUUAUAUUAUGGUCUUGCAUUUUCAAAAAUUUUAUUCUUUAAUAGCUUUAAUGAGUAAAAUUUUAAAAAAAUAUGUUUCUCCUACUCAGAGUUAUAAUUACUAUUCUAUUUUAUAUCACAAUUAUUAUAUAUCUCAUAUAAAUAAUAGUAAUAAAGAUUUACUAGAAACAAAAAAUUAUAGUAGUUUAAAUAUACCAUGUGAAAAUUUAUUACUAGGAUAUAAGGAAAUAAUGAAAAUAUUUUUUCCUUUUCUUAAUAGAUUACUAUGUUAUUUAUUAAAUUAUACUAACAAUAUAUAUAUUAUAUUUAUAAUUAAAAAAAUAAUAAAAUUUUUAUAUAAAACUUUAUUAUGCCACUUUGCUACGUUACCAGAAGAAGUAAUAAGUGAAAAUGAAAUGUUAUUCACUAAUAUAAUGAAAAUAAUAGAUAUAAAUUUACAUGAAUACGUAAACAAUUUAUAUUUUAUAAAUAUAAAUACCUCUAAUAAGACUCAUAUAUCUGUUUCUAAAAUAACUGAAGAAUACUCUUAUGAAAAUUUAAGUGAAUUUAUUCAUAAUGAAAAAAAUGAUUUAGAUAAGUUAUUUUUAAUAAUUUUGUUGAAGACUAAGAAGUGGUGUUUAAAAAUUUUAAAUAUGUUUUUAUAUAGAUCCCUUCACUUUGAGGAUAUGAAUACAACAUGGAAAUUGUUUCUAAAACAUUUUGAAAAUAAAUACAUUAUUUUUUUAGAAAAAAUUUCUUUUUUGAUAUUAAAAAUAAUUAUAAAUACUACGUAUAAAGAAGAAGAAAGAAAUAACACUUCUAAAUUAUUUAGUUAUAUAAAGUAUAUAAUUAAUUUUACUGAUUAUUUAAAAUUUGCUGAUAAAUGUUUAUCUCUUUCAAUAAAUUAUUUAUGUAUGAUUGUUUCAUUAGACCAUUUAAAAAUUUUUGUAAAACAAAAUAUUAUGAGUGAAAUUUUUAUGAGUUCACUUUUUAUUCAUAUUAAUAGUAGCUCGCAUAUAGAAUGCGUCGAUAAUUUUUUUAUUAACAAUAUAAAUAUAAAGGAAGAAUCUAUGUCAUUUGAAAAUUUUAAAUUUGAGAGAUAUGUAAUUUGUUUUGAAAAAAAUUCCAUAUACACUAAAUAUUUAUUAAAUGAAUAUGAUGAUACAGUAUCAAAAAAUAUACUGAAGAAAUACGUUAAUUAUAUAAUAUUUUUAUUUUGUGAAUUAUUAGAAAAAUAUUUUUAUGAUACUAUAUUUUAUUUAGAUCAAAAUAUAAAAGAUAAUUUAAAAAAUUGUUUAAUGAUUCAGAAUGAAUAUAUGCAUUUGUUAUAUCCUGAAAUUUUCUUAAAUGAAGAGAUAGAUUUUUCAAAUAAUGAUAUAGUAAUUAAUCAUUUAAAAAAAAAUAACUAUAUAUUUAACUCCGAAAUAUGUAUGAAAACAGCAAAUUAUAACACAUCCAUAAGUAAUAUAAUUGAUUACAUUUCAGUAAUAAUAAAGAAUCAUAUGAAAGAAAAUGAAAUAUAUGAUGUGUGUAAUUUUCCAUCUUUCAAUCAAUUAAACAAUGAUACAUUUAAUAAUUUGAUCUUUAUCAUUAAAAAUUUACCAUUAUACAAAUUUUCUCAAGAAGAAUUAAUUUUUAAAGAUUUAUAUAGUAAACAUAAUAAAUAUAAUUUAAAUUUCAGCUUUCUUAUUGUAAAUGACAUAAAUUUAUACAAGUUUUUUUCUCUAUUUAUGUUUUUAACGUAUUAUAAAUAUAUAUUUAUCAAAAAAAAUUUAGAAAAAAUAAUAACAGAAGAGGUAUUAGAAGAAAACAAUGAGGAAAAUAUAAAAGGUUUAGAUAAACAGGAGAUAAUAGUUGAUAAUUACAUCGAAGAAUACUAUAAAAACAAAGAAAAUUAUACAUAUUUUUUUAAUGAUGAUGAUGAUAGAAGAAAUUUCGAGUGUAUUAUUAAUGAUUUUAAAAUAAAUGAUAAAUCUUUUUUUCUUAAGUAUAUUCUAGUAAAUAUACAUCAUCCAUAUUCCAAUAACUUAAAGAGAAAGGUCUUAUGGAUGAUAAGGGAGUAUAUUAAUAUAACACAAUUCGAUGAUAAUGUUAUAUACUUUUUUUUUUAUAAUUCUUUUAUUAAUUUAUUUUAUUUCGAAAAACAUUUAAAAUUUCAAUCGUUUGAUACUCUAAUUAAUUUAAUGCAUAAAUUUGGUUUUCCGAGUAAGGUUUUAUAUAAUGACUUUAGAGAAAUUUUAAUAUUUUUAUUUUUUCAGUUAUUAAUUUUAUUUAUAAAAAAAGAGUCUAAUUCUAUCGACAACGAAUUUUUUGAAGAAAAUAUAAACAUAGUUCUCGAUGAAAACUCUGAAAAAAUAAAUUUUUUAAAAUGCAUAAAGGAGAAUAGUGAUUAUGAUUUUGCAUAUGAUAGUAAGAAAUUAAAUCAGAAUUAUUUAUUGUUCCAAAUAAAUGCAUUUACUGAUAACUUUAUUAAUGAUAUUAUAUCAAAAAAUUUGCAUUUUUAUCUAGAAAAGAUAGAGGAGAAUAAUUUGAACAAAUUCUUAAAGUUUAUAUCUCUAUUUUUUCAAAAUGAGAUUAAUAACAAUAUAUUUUUAUUUAUUAAUUUACUCAAUGAAUCGUUGUUAGAUAUUUCUACAUAUAUAUCAGGUAGGGAUAAGGAAUAUUUCUUUUUGAGAGUAUUAAAAUUUUUCUCUUUUUUUUUAGAGAACUAUAAAAAUACUUGCAGCACUCAUGAUGUGUUAAUAAUAAGUAUUUUGCAAAAUGAAAAUUUUAUAUUUUACUUUAAAAGUAUAAUAAGAGAAACAAAUACUGAUUUGAGAGAAGAAAUAUUAAAUGAAAUUUUUUAUAUAUUAUAUAUUUUUACGAAAAAUUCAUUAUCUAAUUAUAAAGUUUUUUGGUUUUAUUUUCUUUAUUCUCUAGAAUGCAUUUCCAAUAACUUAAAUUUUUUCCAAUUAAAGGAGAUAAAUAAAUUAGAGCAAAUUCCAAUUAUGCCUAUAUAUGUAUUUCAAUUUUUUAACAAUUUAAUUAAGAGAGAUAUUUUCUAUAUAUUUUUUUCUUCAGCAGAUGAACAACCUUUUACUAAAAAUAAUUUAAAUAUAACAAUUAUGGAAAUCUUAAGAAAAAUUAGUUUAUUACUAAUUUCUUUAUCUGAUGAAAACUUAAAUGAACAAAAUUUUUAUCAUAAUAUUACAUUACAUAUAUGUGGAUUAUAUUUAUAUAAUAAUAUAUUAUCAUAUCUGAUUAUGUUUUUAAUAAAAAAUAACAUUUUCUUUACUUACUCAUUAUGGAAUAAAUUAACUAAAGCAUAUGAAUUGAUUCAAGAUGAAAACGAAUUAAGUGAUAUUGAUGAUGAUAUUUCAAAUUAUUCAUUCAAAACAUAUGAUGAAGCCAAGAAAAUAAAUAAAUCAUUUGAUAGUAAUAAAUCUUUAUCCUUUGACGAUAAAUGCGUGAAUGAAAAUAAUGAAGAGACAGAAAAUAAUUUUCAGUGUAAUAAUAAUAGUAAAUUAAAUUACUCUAAAAAAAAUAAAAUAAAUUACUUGGAUAGUUUUGAAUGCGAAAAAAAUGGAUUAACUGGUUCUAUUAAUGAAAAUUAUGAAAAAUUGAAACAAGAUGUACUAUUUUAUCGAGGAAUAAAAAAUUAUUUUUUAAAUAAGAAGAAUUCAAAAAACAAAAAAAAAAAUACAAAUAAAAAUAAAUUAAAUCAUAGUAAUGUUGAUAAUAAUUUGGGAGAUAAUAAUAAUCAUCAAGAUAAAAAAAUUAUGAAGUUAUUGAAUACAAUAUAUUUUAAUAUUUUUCUUUUAAGAGAUAAAGGAGAGGAACAUAUAAAAAAGUUACUAAAAUCCUUAAAGCAUGUCAAUACCAAUUUGAUUUUGAAUAAUUCACAGAAUGAAUAUAAUCUAUUGAUAAUGCUAUUGCUGAUUCAAAAUAAAAGAUAUAUAUAUCAGUCAUUGUCUAUGUAUGUAUAUAUAGACAUAAAAAACUUUUUUAAUAUAUUAGUUAAAGAAAAUGCUCUUACUUCUAUUAUUGAUGAAUGGCUAAAUGACAUAUUUUAUAUAUACCAAAAUUCUGAUGAUUUGAAAUAUUUUAUUUUUGCUUUUUCAAAUAUAUUAAUAUUCUUUUGUCUGUAUCACAAAAAAAAAAAAGCUGAUGGUAAUGAAAACAAUAAUGAAAAUAUAAAAGAAUCUUCCUUUUUAAAGACAGAUAGCAUUAAUGAUUUUGAUAGCAUUUCAAAAGAUAUAUAUAUGGAAUAUUUCAAUGAAUAUGUCAUAGAAAAACUAAAGGAAAGAUUACGAAAAAUUAUUAAUGUUCUAGUUAAUAUUAUUUUAAUUCUACCUAUACCAUAUGAGGAUAACAUCAAAGUCUUUAAUAAAAAUUUAUUGCGUAGAUUAGCACCUAUAUGUAGUGAAUUUGAAAAUAUAAAAGAUGAUAAUUUAUUUAAACUUAAUAGUGAUACUAAUUUAAAUGAUAAUCAAAAUUACUUAAAAGAAAUUCAGUUUGAUGACUUAAUACAAAAUAUUGAAUUCAUGCAUUUAAAUAAUUAUGAUGAAAAGUUUUAUGAAAGAAAAAAUACUUCUUUAAAAAUUCCUUAUAGCAAUAUUCUUCAUAUCAAUCAAUUAGGAGAUCUACAACUCCACGAAAAAAAAAUCUCUAUUAAUUAUUGCUUCCAAAAUAAUAUUAACAACGAUUUUAUUAAUAAUUUAAUAUCUGAAUCUAAUUGUGAAUAUUUCAAAAUUUCUUUUUAUGUAAAAAAAUCCUUUUCUUUAUUAACUCAAGAAAUUUUUACAAGUGAAGAAUUAAUUAAUAUAAUUGGAUGUUCAGAUAAAUAUUACAACUUUAUAAAUAUAAUUCGAUUAGAUAUAUAG